ACAUAUAAAAAACCAGCUUUGCUAUGCGCUCACGUUCCGCGCGCACUCACACAUAUAAAAAACCAGCUUUGCUAUGCGCUCACGUUCCGCGCGCACUCACACAUAUAAAAAAACAGCUUUGCUCGCGCGCACUUGGAAGACUUCGCGAGCGGCCACUCCCCGCAGCAGUUUUCUCUGAGGCCCAGACCAGUGGUACACCUACCUGUUGAUGGCCUGGAGCUGCCCGCGGUGACGACCAGAAUGAAAUGAGAUUGUUUUUUGUUGCGAUGGCAGCGGCGGCGCGCCGGCACCGGCGGCCCAACCGCCACCACACAAAGGCGGAGACCUGCGCCGGCGACUGCCCAGCGUGCGCUCUUCCUCACCGUCCGAAGCUUUACAGCGUUCUGCACGUCGACGGCGUGGGCACCACGGUCAAAUACAUCGCGGAGCACGCGCGGUUCGCAAGGGAGCAAAACUACGCCUACGGCGGCGCGAUCGGCACGUUGCCGCUCACGCCGCAGGCGCAUGGCGUGCUCCAACGCCAAUGCGUCGCAUGGGCGCUUGGCACGGACGCCGUCGUCGUGCGCGAGCCCGCCGGAAUUCAGCGCGCGGCGGCGCUCGCGGACCUCGCCAGCAACCAAACCGUCCUCUGGACGGAGAAGCACGUGCCGCUCGCCCCGAAGGUAGACAAGGCGUGGCUCGCGGAUCUGCGACGCGGCAACGCGUGCCGGUUGGGGCGCGCGCGACUGACAUAUGCCAGAAAAGGUACCGUCCGCGUCGCCGCUCACUUGAGAAGGGGCGACGUCGAUGUCAGUGUCCAGCCCUCGCUGCGCUGGGUCUCGGACGCGUGUCUCGUGGAUGCUUUGGGCUGGGUCGCGGCGCGGGCUGGGCCGCGCGCCGAGGUGCACGUCUUCAGCGCCCUCGAGUCGCAUCGCGGGCGGGGCGGCGCGACGCGCUGUGCGAAAAUCAAAGUUUCACGGCGUCUCUGGUGCGCCCGACUCACUGGUCGAUUUCUCACACAGGUGAUGCGGGGGACGGCGUCGCCGGAGGCAUUCGACGUCUAUCGAGCACAUAACUACACGGUCCACCUCAACGGGGCCGACGCCACGGCCUCCGUCCUGGACCACUGGGCGCACUUGGCCUCGGCGGACGUCUUCUUGCAGUCGCCGACGUCCGCCUUCGCCGUCGUGCCCGCGUACCUCAGCAGGGGCUGCGUGCUGCGAGCGCGAGUCAUCAAAAAGGGCCUCCACUGCUACGCGCUCGACGCGGCCGACGAGAAGUGCGUGCGGCGGGCCGUCGAGCGGCGCCUGCGGGAGAUUUCCUAG